GUUAAACAUAAAAAUAGUUACCUACUAAAACUCUAAAUAUAAUCAAGUAGUUUAUUUUCUCGGAGUGAUAGACGCCACUUUUGUGAUAGACUGUCAGUCAAAAGCAGCUUUUGUGGUAUUUACAUGCAAAUAUUUAGGCAAGAUUUCAACAACUUGGCCAAUUCCUGUAAGUUCAGCAAACAAAGUAUCUGCUACUCUGAAAACACAUCUACACAGAUAGAGGACAAAGAGGGGGAACGUAUUUGAUGCAAAGCCACAUCACAAAUUAGAUUCUGCAUCCACAAAAGUGGGAGACGUAUCUCUAGGCAUAUUGACAAAAGGACCUGUAUGCUCCACACUCCUUGGUGGUGAAUACGUCACACAUCUCCAUGCUCAUUUCAACCACAUGGAUAAAAACUGGUGGUUCGAAAUCUACAGGAAGGCAUAGGGAAGAAUAGCAUUUAAAAAGGUCUAUGAAUGGACUGACCGAUUCCAUAUUUGUGAUGACCCAGUGGAUGACAAUUGCGACAUUGACAACCCAGCCAGAUUGACAAGAUGAUCGUAAAUUACACAAGCAUUGACAUCCCUUGUACAGACCCUAGUCAGCGACGGACCGAGUGUUGCGAGCAGGAGACAGUUUAUCAUUCAAGAGAGUAGUAUAAAGCCAAUAUCAUCAAGUUGUUCCGUAUAAUGGGAAACUCAAGAGAAAGUGCUCUCAUCUCAUAAAAUCAUGGAUGACAACUUUUUGUACACGACGGCGCCGGACACAAACGCUGGCUUUAGCACCUCGGAAGUGUUUAUUAACAGCCAGUUUACGACCAUUGCUCCAUCACUGGACCUUGCCGCCAACAACUCCAUCAACGAAGAUGAUUACGGGAGAGUUAAUGUGUCAUUCAGCAGCGUCUGCAAUUCGAACAUCUCCAUGGUAUGGAAGCUUACAAGUCCAGUAUGUUCUACGAGGUUCCAGGCUUUUGCAUCGUUUAUGAUCGUCCUGAUUGUGCUAGCUGUAAUUACACUGUUGACCAUUAUUGGGAAUGGCCUGGUCUUACUUGCCUUGUAUAGGUACCGGUCACUUCGGACAAUGUCCAACUGUCUCAUCGGGAAUCUGGCCGUUAGUGACUUACUGCUUUCUAUAACUGUCAUGCCGAUAUCACUGAGCAACGACCUGCUCGGGUAUUGGGUGUUUGGGAGAACAAUGUGCACGAUUUGGCUGUGUAUCGAUGUCCUCUACUGCACGGCUUCAAUAUGGGGACUGUGCACCAUUGCGUUUGACCGCUACACAGCCACAGUUUACCCAGUGUGGUACCAUGAGCAAAAGUCGACACGCAAAGUUAUUGCGUACGUUGUGUUCGUAUGGAUCUUUUCAAUAAUAAUAUCGUUUGCCCCAUUCAUUGGAUGGCAGGAUAUGAUACCAAGUUUCUAUUACUUCAACUGGAAACUAAAUCGGCACGAAUGUAUCUUAUUUUCAACAAAGAGUUACGUAUUUUAUUCUGCAAUGGGAUCGUUUGUCCUGCCUGCCUGCCUUAUGGUGUUUCUGUACAUUCGUAUUUUCAGUGUUCUACACGACCGAUCAAACAACUUGAAAUCACGGAAUAUGUCCUGUUUUUCGCCACAAAGCCCUUCAAUGGUAAAUGGAUGUCCUCGAAUAAAUUCGCCUGAGGAUAACAGCAUUGAAAUGAAUCUAACACGUGAAAAUACAGCUCUCACAGUCGCAACAGAAUUGAUGAACAGCACUUUGUAUUUAAACGGAAACACGUUCACCCCGACCAGUGAAAUAAUUCCGACUGAGAUCGGCAAUGAUGACCAAUCCUCGGAUUACCAUUCUAUUGGAGAUUUACCAUCAGUGAAACCGGUGGCAGAUACAGUGAGUUUUGCAAACCCAGAUUCUGACGGACAUCAUCUUCUGGUGACCAACAAUCCAAAUGGUGAUUACAAACGAAACCACAAUGGUCUUCGGAAAAGCUGUUCCGAUGCCAUUGACCUUCAACGCCAGAAAGGCGACAAUUCCUGUGAUAAUGCUGUACGGAGCAAGAGUGUGAAUGUUCUGUCCGAUCUGUCAUCUGACGAAUCGGACAAUCGCAGUAAGAAGACUCGUAAACAUCACCGGUUCUCCCUUCCAUGGAACCUGUCCAGCUUGGAACGCAAUCAGCGAAUGACAUUAAGCAUGAAGCGACGAUUUGAACUGCGAGAAACGCGGGCGACCAAGCGCAUGCUCUUGAUAAUGGCAUGUUUCUUUGUCUGCUGGAUACCAUUCCUUUUCAUGUACAUCACUCGAAGCUUAUGUGAAGACUGUUACAUGAACGACCAUUUCGUGGCCUUCAUUAUUUGGCUCGGUUAUGCUAACUCAGGAGUAAAUCCAAUUCUAUAUACUCUCUUCAAUGAGGACUUUCGCCGAGCAUUCAAGAAACUCCUGGGGCUCAGCACAAGAUGAAUGCCUUUCUAACUCCUCCCAGUCCCUCGGCCACUAAAACUCUGCCUGAAUAUAUAUGGUCUUUCACAAUUGGACAUUUCUAUCACCCACAGAAAUUUUAUUAGCAACUAUAAGGUGUCUAAACCUAUGAACGAUAUUAUGAAUAAAAGUUUACUAUAAUA